UCUCUUGCUCUGUAAACUUUGUUAGGGAAGCCAUGUGCGGGAUACUGGCUGUUUUAGGUUGCAGCGACACUUCCCAAAUCAAACGGUCCCGCGUCAUUGAGCUCUCUCGACGGUUGCGACAUCGGGGUCCUGAUUGGAGUGGAUUGCAUUGUUAUGAGAACUUUUAUCUUGCUCAUCAACGAUUAGCUAUUGUAGAUCCUACAUCUGGUGAUCAACCCUUGUACAAUGAAGAUAAAACAAUUGCUGUUACGGUUAAUGGGGAGAUUUACAACCAUGAGGCUUUGAGAGAAAAACUCAAGUCUCAUCAAUUCCGAACAGGCAGUGACUGCGAAGUGAUUGCCCAUCUUUAUGAGGAAUAUGGAGAAGACUUUGUUGACAUGCUGGAUGGCAUGUUUUCCUUCGUUCUUCUUGACACACGUGACAAAAGCUUCAUUGCUGCUCGGGAUGCCAUUGGUAUCACCCCACUCUACAUGGGUUGGGGUCGUGAUGGGUCGACCUGGUUUGCUUCAGAAAUGAAAGCUUUGAGUGAUGAUUGUGAACGCUUUAGAACUUUCCCCCCUGGCCAUAUUUAUUCAAGUAAAACUGGGGAUCUCAGAAGGUGGUUCAACCCACCCUGGUAUUCGGAACGUAUACCUGCGACUACCUAUGAUCCAUUGGUUUUGCGUGAAGCUUUUGAGAAGGCUGUGGUGAAGAGGCUCAUGACAGAUGUUCCAUUUGGAGUACUUUUAUCUGGAGGACUGGAUUCAUCCCUUGUUGCUUCUGUUGCUUCACGUCAUUUGGCAGAAACAAAAGUUGCUAAACAAUGGGGUUCUCAGUUGCACACGUUUUGUAUUGGUCUUAAGGGCUCCCCAGAUUUGAAAGCUGCUAGAGAGGUUGCGAACUAUCUUGGAACUCUCCAUCAUGAAUUUAACUUCACUGUGCAGGAGGGCCUAGAUGCACUUGAGGAAGUCAUUUAUCACAUUGAAACAUAUGAUGUGACAACCAUAAGAGCUAGUACUCCAAUGUUUCUUAUGUCCCGGAAAAUAAAGUCUUUGGGUGUUAAGAUGGUCAUUUCUGGUGAGGGCUCAGAUGAAAUUUUUGGAGGUUACUUGUAUUUUCACAAAGCUCCAAACAAGGAGGAGUUUCACCAAGAAACAUGCCGGAAGGUUAAAGCUCUUCAUCUUUAUGAUUGCCUUCGGGCUAACAAAGCAACCUCAGCAUGGGGUGUGGAGGCUCGCGUACCCUUCUUGGAUAAAAAUCUCAUCAAUAUUGCAAUGGACAUAGACCCAGAGUGGAAGAUGGUACGACCUGAUCAAGGACGAAUUGAGAAAUGGAUACUCCGGAAUGCCUUUGAUGACCCUCAGAAACCCUAUCUCCCAAAGCACAUCUUAUAUAGACAGAAGGAGCAAUUCAGUGAUGGCGUGGGUUACAGCUGGAUUGAUGGUUUGAAAGACCACGCUUCCAGACAUGUAUCAGAUGCGAUGUUGGCACAGGUAAUUAACAUAUUUCCUGAAAAUACCCCCACUACAAAGGAGGCGUAUUAUUACAGGGCGAUCUUUGAGAAAUUCUUCCCUAAGGUGUCGCAAUGCUUACCCUCUGUUGCAAAGAGAUGCCUUACCAUCCCUUCUGUAUGUCUGUUUGGAGAGACAGAACUCUGCACAGCUGACUGUACCCGGAGGACCAAGCGUGGCAUGCAGUACUGCCAAGGCAUUGGAAUGGGAUGCUGCAUGGUCCAAAAACCCUGACCCUUCAGGCAGAGCGGCCCUUGGUGUCCAUGCUGCCGCAUAUGAUGAAGAACCCUCAGUCACAGUGACUCCUAUUGGUGCAAACACCAAAUUUGCCGGGAAAGCCAUGAUUGAUUUGUCUCCAAAUUUAGCAGAUGGCAUCAUCAAAGCAGUUGUUUGAGUUAUCUGGCUGACUUCCUCUAGUUUAGCAGCUCCGUGGGUGUGUGUGUUUUACAGAGAGAGGAGGUAGGCUUGUUCUUGAGGGCUAGUUUUGGUUGCUGUCAUGAUCGAGAAGUCCAGGGAGGAAUUAAUGUUCACGUUAAUUUAUUUGUUGUUUUGGACUAGAAUUUAACGAGGAUUACAAUAGAAUUGGUGAAGCUCGAUCUCCUUCAUUGAGAUUGAGUUGGUGAAACUUGAUGAA